AUUUGCUGGCGAUUGUUAGGUCGUAGUUGCUCCAUCUCCAUUGAAAUACACGACUUUUCGGGACCUAGAAGGGAUACGAUACGACUGGGCACUUCACCGAACUGCAUCCACUGGCUUCGAACUUCAGUUACUGCGACUCCACAGCCGUUGUUUUAUGUACCUGAUGACUGA